ACAUUUCUCUCUUCAAAAACCACAACCCCCUUCACAUUUCAUCAUUUUUCUCAAGAGCCUAUACACAUUUUAAUUCAUUUCUUAUAAGCAUUAUUCAUACUGAAUAUAAUCAACGCACGUAUAUAAAAGCUAGUGAUAAGCACUAGCAAUGGCUCAUAUUAAGAUGUUGAUAUGGGCAUGUUGCUUGGCGCUAUCGACUAGUAAUUUUGCCUAUGGCCUGGGUGUCAAUUGGGGUACACAAGCUGCACAAACUUUGCAGCCUUCAACAAUUGUACAAAUGCUCAAAGAUAACAAAAUUGAUAAGGUCAAACUGUUUGAUUCUGAUCAUUGGACUGUCAAAUACUUUGCUGGUACUGGUAUUGAGGUCAUGAUUGGAAUCCCAAAUAACCAACUAGGAAAAUUUGCAGAUGAUUAUGACUUUGCCAAGGAAUGGGUGAAAAAUAACGUCAGCACACAUUUGUAUAAUGGAGGUGUUAAUAUAAAGUACAUAGCAGUUGGAAACGAACCAUUCUUGAAAUCAUACAAUGGUUCAUUCAUGAAAUCUACAUUCCCAGCUUUACAAAAUGUACAAAAGGCCCUUAAUUCAGCUGGCCUUGGUGACAAAAUUAAAGCUACCAUCCCACAAAACGCCGAUGUUUAUGAGUCCGGUAAUUCAGGUCCAUCACAAGGUAAUUUUCGAUCAGACAUCAGAGACCUGAUGCAGAAGAUUUGCCGUUUCUUCAAAGACAAUAAUGCUCCGUUCCUCGUAAAUAUAUAUCCUUUCCUUAGUCUACACGAAAACAAAAAUUUCCCUAUAGAAUUUGCAUUUUUCGAUGGUCAAUCGAAGCCUGUACGUGACAAUGGAAUAUCAUACACUAACAUGUUCGAUGCGAAUUUGGACACGUUAGUAGUGUCAAUGAAGAAAGCUAAUUGUCAAGGGGUGAAAGUAAUUGUUGGAGAAAUUGGUUGGCCAACAGAUGGAGAUUUGUAUGCAAAUGUGACAUUGGCUAAAAAAUUUUAUAGUGGAUUUUUCAAGAAAAUGGCUACCAAAAAGGGAACACCACUAUACCCUGGAUAUAUUGAGUAUUAUCUUUUUAGUUUAACAGAUGAGAACCAAAAGAGUAUUGCACCAGGAAGUUUUGAACGUCAUUGGGGUAUAUUUAAGUAUGAUGGACAGCCUAAGUUUGCAAUGGAUUUAUCAGGGCAAGGACACGAGACAAUGCCAGUUGGUGCAAAGAAUAUUAAGUACUUGGAGAACAAAUGGUGCGUUUUGAACAAAUAUGCUGAAGAUAUAGGUAAACUUCCUUCGAGCGUACAGUAUGCUUGCUCUAGGUCAGAUUGUACAGCAAUGUCAUAUGGAGGAUCAUGCAACAAAUUGGAUGCUGAUGGAAAUGUUUCGUAUGCAUUCAACAUGUAUUACCAAAUGAACGGUCAAGAUGUGGAAUCUUGUGUUUUUGAUGGAUUGGCACAAAUUGUGGAGAAAAAUGCUUCUAUUGAUUCGUGUCUAUUCCCUAUUGGGUUGGAGAGUGCUGGUGUCAGAAUUGGUUUGGAUGCAAUUCUUAACAUUCUUGUUGGUUUCUUCCUCUUUUUGGCACUUCUCUAGACUAGAAAAAAUUGACAAAUUAAGUUUGCUUUUGAAUGUCAUGUAUAAUUAGCCAUUUGUUUGGUUGAAAUAUAAGAGAAAGUACUACUACUAAUAUUUACUUUGUUGAAAUUUAGGUGUCUCCUUUUGUAUGUAUAUGAAUUAUUAUAAGACACUGAAGUUUUGUUGUAUGGGAAGGUAUAAAUGUACAUAACUUAAAAUUCUUGGAAA